AUGACAUAUGUUGCCACAGUUCCUGAACUAUUUCCUAUAUUCACGGUUUAUGGGAGCUUGCUCAUUGUGCAUGCGGUGGUCUUCGGCCUGCCCUGCACCCGGGCCACCGAGGCCUGUUUGCAGGCCUGUCCUGCGGCCUGCAGGUGCCGCGGCAUGGAGCGUGGCUGCUCCGUGCAUUGCGACCGUGCUGGUCUCCUGCGGGUGCCCACUGAGUUUCCCUGCGAGGCGGUCUCCAUCGACCUGGACCGGAAUGGCCUGCGCAUGCUGGGCGAGCGGGCCUUUGGCACACUACCGUCAUUGAGCCGCCUGUCGCUGCGCCACAACAACCUGUCCUUCAUCACGCCUGGCGCCUUCAAGGGUCUACCGCGCUUGGCCGAGCUGCGCCUGGCGCACAAUGGUGAGCUGCGCUAUCUGCAUGCCCGAACCUUCGCGGCGCUCGGUCGCCUGCGCCGCCUGGACCUGGCGGCCUGCCGCCUGUUCAGCGUGCCCGAGCGUCUCCUGGCCGAGCUGCCCGCCCUGCGCGAGCUCACGGCCUUCGACAAUCUGUUCCGUCGCGUGCCCGGAGCGCUCCGCGGCCUGGCUAACCUGACGCACGCGCACUUGGAGCGCAGCCGCAUCGAGGCCGUGGCCUCCAGCUCCUUGCGGGGCUUGAGGCACCUGCGCUCUCUCAGCCUGCAGGCCAACCGCGUGCGGGCUGUGCACGCAGGGGCCUUUAGCGACUGCGGAGCCCUAGAGCACCUGCUGCUCAAUGACAACCUGCUGGCCGCGCUGCCUGCCGCUGCCUUCCUAGGCCUGCGCCGCCUGCGCACACUCAAUCUGGGUGGCAACAAGCUGGGCCGAGUGGCGCGGUCCUGGUUCUCCGACCUGGCAGAGCUCGAGCUGCUUUACCUGGACCGCAACAGCAUCACUUUUGUGGAGGAAGGCGCCUUCCAGAACCUUUCGGGUCUCCUGGCCCUGCAUCUCAAUGGCAACCGCCUCACUGUGCUCUCCUGGACCGCUUUCCAGCAAGGCUUCUUUCUGGGCCGCCUCUUCCUCUUCCGCAACCCUUGGCGUUGUGACUGCCAUCUGGAGUGGCUGCACAAUUGGAUGGAUGGCUUGGGGCGUGUGGCUGAUGUGGCAUGUGCCUCCCCAGGUUCUGUGGCUGGCCUGGACCUCAGCCAGGUGGUCUUUGAGCACUCCUCUGAUGGCUUGUGUAUGGACCCCGAGGAGAUGAACUUCACCACAUCCAGCCCAGGCCCCAGUCCAGAGCCAGUGGCCACCACCGUGAGCAGGUUCAGUAGCCUCCUCUCCAAGCUGCUGGCCCCUAGGGCCCCUGUGGAGGAAGUAGCCAACACCACCUGGGAGCUGGUCAACGGCUCACUGUAUGACAGCCUUCCCUCCCUUGGAGUGGAGGUCUUAGGCUGCAGGGCCAUGUUUCUGUUCGUCUCUUGCCUCUUGCUAACCCUAGCACAGUCUGUAGUGUUCAGCCUACAGAGGAAUUGA